CUGUUCACUACGUCAUCCAUUGAGUUUUGCAAGUGUGACGUAGCACUCUGCUGGUCCCUUUAAAAUAGGGCGGCUCUCACUAUUCUGGUCUUGUUAACGCUCUUGGACUCAUCUCUCCUAGUCAAUCCGCUGCUCACCAUCCCUUAUCCACAGAUGGGUCUACGAGCGGUUUUGAUGGUGGCUGUGGCGGCGGCGCUAAUCCUGGGGGCAUUGAUUACGGUUGAUGCCAGGUAUUUACCGACCCGACGCAGUCAAGAUGACCGCCUCGACCGCCUCAGGGAGUUACUCAAAGAUCUAUUAGAAUCAGAGGAUCAUUCAGAGUACGACCGCAGACUAUUCUACAAGAGAGAGAUGCCGCCACCCUUAUCCAUUGAGCAAUUAUAUCACCAGAACUGAAGGCUUGUUACUGAAUGGAGGAACUAUAUUAUGCUGUUAUAUUGAACGGAAAUUAUUUUCAUAUAUAUAUUGUUUCGAUCAAAACUAUCAGUUUUUCAUUGUAAAUAGUCAUGUCAUGAAUAAAACUGUAUUAUGAUUUUAUUUAUUAAGUGUUAUUUGUUCGUAUUGUAUCAUAGAUAAUUAUGUAGUGCUUACUUAUCAGUUUAUAACGUGUUACUAAAUAUCCGUUUGUUGAUGGAGAGCAAUAUCAUAUUAGUGUAACUAAUAUGGCUACUAUUAUAAUGUUUUGGUGGUGUAAUGUUGUUAAAGAAUGAUAAUAAAUUUCAAUAAAUGAUUUCUGUCAAAAAUAAA